AUGAUUGAUCGUGAAAGGCCGAAUUUCGUGGACAGCGCCAAUGAGCACAGUAUACAACCGCUAUCUCCUGGAGAGGAGCAGCCAUCGCCAUGGUACGGCGAGUCAGUCUCUACAUCUUCGCAGACAUCUCUGUUCGGGUCGGAUUUGACGGCUACCACUGUGCAAACAACCGACACGAUAUAUGAACCGACAUCCCUCACAUCAUCAAUCACAAACGUUCUCGCGACGGCGACCACAGUAAUCCCUUCAAUCUCAUCAUCAACUGGGACUUCUCCCCAACCGGGAGACAGCAGCUCGGGAAGCAGCAACACGAAGACAAUCGCUAUAGCUGUCCCAGUAUCCGUAGUUGGCGCUGCAUUGCUCCUCGGAGCGUUAUUCCUUCUUUUGAGACGCCGCCGUCGGAAAACUCGACAAGAGAACCCAUCGGACCUUCAAGUUGAUAUGGCUCAGGCAACUCGAACAAACCUGCUGCCACAAAACGGUACUCCAUGGAACGUCGGACACGCAAGAUCCCAUGAAAUCCUCUUCGACGGCCCCUAUCCUUCUCAGACCGCCUCAAAUGAUCACAUUCCCAUUCGACCAGCACAGUCAUCCAAUCAUCAAAUAAACACGACGCCUAGAUCCCAACCACCUACAUUGUCUAUUCCUACUCCUCCAGCUGGAGUCACAGAGCAUAGACAACCAGAAGGCGGAUUAGGGUUACCGGAAACCAGCCCAGUCACAGCUGGAUGGCGAGCCGGAAGCGAAGAUCGUCCCCGCUCGCCUUUUGAUCAUCCGUUGGAUGAUGCCAUGUCCGAGGUGUCGGGUUUGAGUGACAGGCGGGGAGCCACGCAUAGUCGUGAUCUAGAUGAUAUUUCAUCCGUAUCUUCCAUCGGUGACGAUGAACCCGCGACGCGCAGAUGA